AUGCUAGUUACUACGCAUACACAAUCUUAUAACUCUUCCACUACGUUCUCAUUUGACGUUGUAAAUCACUUAUCUCCCGAACUUUUCGUUGCUAUUGUUCGUGAUUUAUCGCCCGCAGAUCUCUUAAACCUGACGUUUGUAUGUAAACUGUAUCGAGAAUAUUUAUGCUCGCCGAAUUCUUCCAUGACACAAGAGAUAUGGCGGUGUUCACGACUCUACUAUUAUCCAUCGCUGUAUCUGCCGCCACCUGAAGGAAUGGACGAGAAAUCGUAUCUGGAGUUGGCACGAUUGCGUAAAGAUUGUCAGCUUUGUGGUCGAGUUGUCUAUUUGAUUGUUCAUUGGGCAUUUAGGUUACGUUGUUGUGAUAGAUGUCUAAAAACUAAUAUUAAAUGUGAAAAAGAAAUUUGCGAUUAUCUUUGCACCCCGGAAGAAAAACGUGACAUUCUUCAAGGAUUGCCAUACAUUGAGAUUCAUAAAAAAAAAAGUCUAUGGCUAGAACAACAAAAAACUAACACACUAAAAAUCAUGGAGGACGCCAAAUCGCGAAUGCAAAGUUCCAUCACGCAAAAUUGUCUCAUUGAAGAAACCAAGAACGCGAUGGUCGAAACGAUCAUCGACGAGUUGUGUGAGAUUCGAUCUCUGAAUGGUGAGCAAGUUUAUCGCUCUACGUAUCUUCGACGGUCUCCUGCAUAUUGUUGCGCGAUGAGCAAUAUCAGUGAGCCAAUUAAUGACGAUUGGGUUGCUAUUAAAAAAUCCAUGAAGGAAACUUAUACGACUGUCACUUUUUCUAUCGAGUUCAGUAAACGACAAAAUCAAAUUGAACAUCGAAUCGAUCAAUUAUGGCGAUUACACGAUAAAAAUAAUAACGGCGCAAUUAAUUCACCAAACCAAUUAAAAGAUCCCUGUUUAAAAUAUCUUCGCUUCUGUUCAACCUAUAAAAACCCAAUAUCCAUCAACAACGGCGACCCAUCAAUUCCAUUCACACAAUGUCAACUUGAUUUUCUAAUACGUCAAAUCAAAGAUGAAGCCGAAGAUUAUCGCGAACAUCCAAACAAGUUGAGCCAUGUUGCACGAGCGAUAAUUCUCGGUGGGCUUGAAAAACAACGAAUAUUCAGGUGUGCGUUAUGUCGUAAAAAUGUCAAUUCUAAAAUCAAUUAUCGAUUUAUUGAUGUGCGUUAUCAUUUAGAGGGUCCAUUUCAUUGUGUAUUGAAGUUUAUUGAAGAUGAUCACGUGUUGAUUAAUGAGCAUGCAUUGGAAGUUUUGAGGAAAAGAGGAAUAUAA